AAUUGGUACACUGCGGAGUGAAGCAGCAGUGAUGGGAGAGGCAGAGGAGAAGCAACGUCGUCGUUUAGAGCUUGAAGAAGCCCUUGAAAUCCAAUCCCUAAGACGCAUCAUCAGUGCUUACCUCAACUAUCCUGAUGCUGCAGAAGAGGAUGUUAGAAGAUAUGAGAGGUCUUACAGGAAGCUUCCACCUGCUCAUAAGGCUUUGUUAUCCCAUUAUCCUCAAAAGUUUCAAAGAUUACGCCGGUGUAUCUCAGUGAAUUCUCAUUUCAUAUUCAGCAUGCUUCAGGCAUUCGAACCUCCACUUGAUAUGAGCCAAGACAUAGAUUUUAGUGAAUAUCCACAUGCUGAAUGUGCCCAGAAAGAUCAUUUAGUUUCUGAAGGGAUUAAUGCUUGUCCAUGCGAAUCAGGCCCUGUGAGAAUAACAUGUUCUGUAUCUGAUCAACAUGGUUGCGUGGAAUGUAGCAAUCAAACUUGCAGGUCACCAGCAUUGGUGCAUCCCAAGGAGGAGGUGGACAUUGAGAAUCACCACCAGUCAAAUACUGAGAGCCAUUCUACGAGCAUGAUACAUGCUAAAGAAACUAGUGAAUAUUGUGGGAGUCCUAUUGCUGAUUGCAAUGGCAAUGACCCAGUCACCUCAUCACGCCAACAAUGGUUGGAUCCAUCUUUUCAAUUUAAUGUUCCUUUAGUUGAUGUAGAUAAGGUGCGAUGUAUAAUAAGGAACAUAGUUAGGGACUGGGCAGCUGAGGGUAAAAAAGAACGUGAUCAGUGCUACAAGCCUAUACUUGAAGAGCUUAAUAUCCUAUUCCCUAAUCGCAGCAAAGAGAGUUCACCUGCCUGUUUAGUUCCUGGUGCUGGACUUGGUCGGCUGGCCUUGGAGAUUUCCUGUUUAGGAUUUAUCAGUCAAGGGAAUGAAUUUUCAUACUACAUGAUGAUAUGCUCAAGUUUUAUUCUUAACCAUUCCCAAACUGCUGGUGAGUGGGCAAUAUAUCCGUGGAUUCACAGCAAUUGCAAUUCACUGUCAGAUAGUGAUCAACUUCGUUCUAUUUCAAUACCAGAUAUUCAUCCAGCUAGUGCAGGAAUUUCUGAAGGCUUUUCAAUGUGUGGAGGUGACUUUGUUGAAGUCUACAGCGAUUCAAGCCAAGUUGGUGCAUGGGAUGCAGUUGUUACUUGUUUCUUUAUUGAUACUGCUCAUAAUAUUGUUGAGUACAUUGAAAUAAUUUCAAAAAUUUUGAAAGACGGGGGAGUUUGGAUAAAUUUGGGACCUCUACUUUAUCACUUUGCAGAUAUGUAUGGACAAGAAGAUGAAAUGUCAAUUGAAUUGAGUUUGGAAGAUGUUAAAAGGGUUGCGUUGCAUUAUGGAUUUGAAUUUGAGAAAGAAAGGACUAUUGUGACAACAUACACCACAAAUCCUAGAUCAAUGAUGCAAAAUCGUUACUUUGCUGCGUUUUGGACAAUGAGAAAAAAAUCUGCUGCAGUGCAGCAGCAAGUGCCCUGAGAAUGGGGGAUUCAAUUAUUGUGAUAUGAAAUAUAAAUUAGUUCUCUUCUACUUGUCAGUUUGUGUUUUUGCUUGUUGAAGUGGAGACUAUCCCUAUUUAUGAAAUCCUGGCAAUUUGUCUUCAUUGGAAAG